AGAGAGAAAAGCUUGAGUUUACAAACUUUCCAUCGGGACACAAACUCCGUCAGCGGACGCCGCAAAGUUACGCAGCGGAGGAAAAUCUCUCAAAACUCUCGAUGCGGGACAACAUGACAUAUACUUUUGUAGCUUUAUGACAACUUUUUAAAGACUUUGAAGGACUUUUUUUUUAAGUUGACGAAACUACUUUUACCAAAGAAAGAAAGGAGAAAAAAAACAGGCCCAGCCAAAGAACUUCCCACAAUUUCCAGGAUUACUUUUUUGUACCCGAGUAUUUUCAUACGGUUUUCGGGGUUUGUUUAUUUUUUAUAUCGAACAAAAUGAGCAGUAACCCUCUCCAGCCGUUACCGGGCCAGCAGGUGAUCCAUGUCGCCAAAGACCUCGACACGGAUCUGGAGGCUCUGUUUAACUCGGUGAUGAACCCCAAGCCCAGCUCCUGGAGGAACAAGCAUCUGCCCGAGUCGUUUUUUAGGGAGCCGGACUCGGGCUCGCACUCCCGACAGUCCAGCACGGACUCCGGCAGCCUCCCGCCGCGCUGCCAGGCGGCGCACGUCCGCUCGCACUCCUCCCCGGCGUCGCUGCAGCUGCCCACGGCCGCGCUGGGCGCUCCGAGCCCCGGGAGACACCACUCUCACACCCGGCACCAGUCCUUCGAUGUGGCCGAGGAGCUGCCGCUGCCGCCGGGCUGGGAGAUGGCGUACACCCCCAGCGGACAGAAGUACUUCCUCAAUCACAUUGAGAAGAUCACCACAUGGCACGACCCCAGGAAGACCAUGACACCCUCGGUGACCCAGAUGAGUCUGCACAAUCAAGCCUCCAACAACGGCAACAUACAGCAGCGCUCCAUGGCCCUGUCUCAACCCAACCUCGUGCUGAGCCAGCAGGCCCAUCAGCAGCACCUCCAACAGCAGCAGCAGCAGCAGCAGGUCCAGGUCCAGGGCUCCCAGCAGCAGAGCUCCCAGCCCAUGAUGAGCUUGAGCGGCCCCAUGAGCGCCCAGCAGCACCAGCAGAAGAUGAGGCUCCAGCGCAUCCAGAUGGAGCGAGAGCGCAUUCAGAGGAGACAGGAGGAGCUCCUGAGACAGGAGGUGGCGCUCCGGCAGCUGCCCAUGGACUCUGAUAACAUGGCACCGGUCGCUCCAAACAUCAGCUCCCCGCCGAUGACACAGGGCAACAUGCCCAACAACAGCUCAGACCCCUUCCUCAACAGCGGGCCGUAUCACUCGCGGGAGCAGAGCACAGACAGCGGGCUGGGACUGGGCUGCUACAGCAUCCCCACCACUCCUGAGGACUUCCUCAACAGCAUGGAGGAGAUGGACACAGGUGAGAGCAUGGUGCCGGUCAGUAUGAGCGUGCCCCAGCAGAGCCGUUUCCCAGACUUCCUAGACUCCAUGCCCGGCACCAAUGUGGACCUGGGCACCCUGGAGGGAGCCGACCUCAUGCCCAUCCUCAACGACGUGGAGUCGGUUCUGAACAAGAGCGAGCCCUUCCUGACCUGGCUCUAGACUCGCUCACGCCACACUAAAGACUCUUUUAUAUAAAUACAUAUAUAUUAUAUUAUAUAUUCAGUCAGCCUCUUCCUCUAGUUUCACUUUUUUAGGUGUCAGAUCUGUUCCCUCACAAGAACAAUACCAAAGUGUUUAGCCUGCGAACAAAUAAGCGAGCGCGCGUCAAUGGAUGCGUGGCGGAGGAAGACGGAGGUGUUCGUUGGGUAGAUGUGAUUCUGACUGUGUUUUUGUUCAGAAUGAUCACACCGAUAGUGGAAACACCCGAGUAGUGUCUGAUCGUGUUUAACAGGCACGCUCGUGUUUAACCCGGAGUUAGGGUUAGUCGAGCUUUACCGGGCGAGUCUCACAGAACCUUAUAUUAACGCACUCAAGCUUAUUUCUGCCACUGAAUCAAAUUAUAAGAAGGACAAUAAAAAACACUAAUACCUGUAAUACCCGUAGCGAGAUGUAACGGAGAAGAAAAGAAAUACAACUGGGUGAAAGCUAGAAUUACGAGAUGCAGACUCAGAACUGCCUUUCUACUUAGAAUUACAAUUUUUUUUCUUCGUAAUUUUGACUUUUUUUCUUCAGAGUUACUGAAUUCUGAUGUUUUUCUCAAAAUUGCACAUCUUUCUCAGAAUUGUGAGUUUUUAGUCUCGUAAUUUGGAAUGUCAGGAUUGCAAGAUAAAAAGUCACAAUUAUGCUUUAAAAAAAAAAAAAGUGUAUAUUUCUUGGCAGAAAUAAGCUUUGUUACAAUAUAUUUGGAUCUAUAACAAUAAGUAAAUACCUAAAGGAGAUUUAAGACAGUUUUUAGGACCAUUAGGAUUUUUUGAAUAAUAAUUAAGCACGUUUCACUUAAAAAAACGAAUGCGAAUCAUGACUGAGAUUAAGGAUUACAAGCAAAAUCAAAAACGGAACAACGUUACGGUGAUUCGAUUUUUUUUGUAUGACGUCAAUGUUGUUGGAAUUUGUUUUUAACUCAUCAUUUCUCAAGGGUGGUUAAUUGUCAGAAAAUCGUAAUGGUCCUUACGUCUUCGUGAGACUCACCCUGCUUUUUCACUUUUUUUUGCCAAAUCAGUAGCACGAGCGCGCCUGUCGAAGCUUUACAUUGUGACUUUAUAUCCGACGAGUAACUAUUUCAGACGUGUUUUACUUUUAUUCCAGUUUAGCUAUUGUGUGAAGCUCAUGAUGGCAUUUGUAGACAAGCGUUUCAUAUCAUAUAUGUUUUUAUGUACUGCUACAGUAUUCCUAUUUUCUAUUCUGUGCUCUUGACAUCUGGUGCAUUUAAUUAGAUUUGCAGUUUAGUAUUUAUCAAGAGCUAUGAACUUCUUUUUAAAUAGAUUUUAGAUUUGUUUCCUUUUUUUCAGGAAUUUUGAAAUGUUUUCGAAGCACUACAGAUAUGCCAUUACCGAUCUAGUCCCUCGAUAUCUUCAGGGAAUAUCUAUCUAUAAGUAUUUUCUGAUACCAGAGAUAAUUUUGCCCUCAUUUGGAUGAUUUUUGGGGCAGACACUUUUUUUUUUUAAUUUUAGCACCCCACCUAAAAUCCAGUUCGAUAUAUGAACAUAUAAAUACGUUUUGUUUUGUUUUCUACACAGGUCUAAUUUUUGUAUUGCAUGUUUGAUCUGUUUGAUAUUCUUCGCAUCGGGGGUAUGUAGGCCCACCUCACCGUGACUUCUGUAUUGUUUAUGGUUACAUUGUGGAUUGAAGUGUGUUGGAUUUGUGGAUUGCGCAGGCGGGUGAUUUUUAGUAGCUGUAGGUCAAACUGAGCUCAUGACGUCCUUCGCGAGGACCGAAUGGUUAAGUAGCGGGUCAGAAAGAGCCGACGCGAGCUGUUCUCGAACCCGAGUGACCUCAGAGAUGUCCAUCUCUGUCGGUUUCUUCAGUUUUGGACAACUAAGGACGAGAUCGGGUGUCUUGAGCGUACCGUUCCGCUCCAGAACUCAGCAAGAGGGACCUUUUAAUGAUCAAUUUUCUGCGAUAUAAACGGUUUUUCCUAAAACCUAAAUCAUGCAAUAUCUGUAUUGCUCGACACUUCAGCAUGCUUUAGGUUUUGUAAGAUUGAAUGUUUGGUCACAUGCUGGGAAGCUCAGAAAACAAACGGUGUACCACAGAAAUAUGACGGCGGUGUACUAUACGUGAGAAACAUGGUUGUAACCUUUAAUAAAUCUCUAAAAUUGUCAGUGAAAUCAAAAAGGAAAAGAAUAAAAUGGUUUUAUUAGCA